GCGGCGUUCAGGCAACAAAGAUGAGUUCCCCGGGUGAAAAUUCGACACCGCUCCACGUUCAGGACCUUGACCUCGAUUAUCUGGUGUCCGUCUUUGCGAGCAAUGUUUUCACUUCCAACACUACGGAUCCCAAAGAGGUUCAAAUUUUCGACGACAUCCAAGAGAAAUGCGUGAAACUCUUCAACAAAGACUACAUAGUAAAGAUCAUAGACAAUGAUCGGGGGGAGCUCAGCGCCACGUAUCCCAACAAGAUAGUGUCCCUGGCACUUCCUGCUCAUAGUGAUGGCAAUUGGGAUGGCGGGAACGGUCAUCAAGAAGAUGCACAAGAACUUCGCAUGCACAUGAAGAAGUCGCGAGUUGCCAGAGCACGCACCCGAUUUGUCGUUCCCGUCAUAUUAUACGAUGGAAAGCACAUAUGCAGGUCAGCAACGCUUUCUGGGGGAAUCGAAAUGUACACCCGAACUCUGGUGGAUUACCUCUGCGGUCCGUCACGAUGUCGAUUUUCCCAAUUCUGCAUUUCUUCAGGACUAGUCGAUCCUCAAUGCUACGGUCGUCCUUCGACAUCCAGGCUGCGAGAGGAAUAUGAAGAACUGCCAGGAGAUGCCGACACUUCACAUUUGCCUGAAGAUGAUGCUUCCCUGCACGAUGAACUCCGAAAGGAAGACAUAGAGCUCCUGAGGCUGUUGUCAGUGGACCAAAUUUGCGACUUCAUGGUUGAAGGCAAAAAGAAAAAAUGCGGUAUCAAGAUUACCUCAUCGGAGAAAGUCGACAGGUCGAAGAGAUAUCAAGACUUCACUAUUUUCAAGCUUCCUUACCCUGGCUGCGAGUUCUUUGAAAAGUACGUUAAGCAGCACUAUAAUCCAGAAGGCCUUUUUUAUGACUGGACACAGCAUUUUGUUGACGUUGAAUUGGACGUUCCCGAAACAAGUGUCGCCUCGGAGCUCAACAUUGACUGGAAGAAUUACAAGCGUUGGGACCUGGUAGAGCUGACCAAAAACUAUCUGAAGUUCUUGCUGAAAGUUGUCAUCGAUGGUGACUCGAGCAUUCUAGUGCACUGCAUCUCGGGCUGGGAUCGUACGGCCUUGUUCGUCUCAUUGCUGCGCCUAUCUCUGUGGGCCGACAACGCAAUCCACCAAAAUCUAUCAGCAUUAGAAAUGGCUUACCUCACUGCGGCGUACGAUUGGUUCCUCUUCAGCCACAGGUUACCACGACGUGUUCAAAAAUUUGAAGAGAUAUUCUUUUUCUGCUUCAACAUGCUGAAGUACAUCAGUGCGGAAGAAUUCUCAACGUUAAACCUCAAGAGUCAUGGAAACAGGAGCUCUAAAAUCGCAGGAACAUCCUCUGCCUCAGAGCGAGAAUCUCUGGAUGCCAAUAUCAGCUAUUUAGGGUUAUAUGUUCCCGAAGCCGAGACAACCACCAUGGUGCGAGAAAUGCAGACGAUGGACACGACCGAUGCAGGGCCAUCUGCACGCAGACAUGUCGAUACAAGCCAUGAUGCUACCCCCGAAAGCACAUCAAGCAGCGAUAUCUCUACUGCAUCGCGAGAGUUUCCUGCAUUAGUCGAACAUCACCGCCAAUUUUAUAGCCAUAGUGAUAAGGCUUGCAAAGAAGCUCCUUUUGAUGACGAGGAGGCAAGUGUCGAAGGUAUAUCCCUUUCGGUUAUGCGGUCUCAGCCACCGACAGAAACGUUGAUUGACAUCCAAGAAAGUUGGCAAGUCUUCAAAGAAACUGGAUCAACUGACAGCAGUUUGUCUUUGGAGGACAAUGGUGAUCCAAACACGUCCUGCUCAAGUCUCGCUGGAAGCAGUGAGAACUCUGAGAAACCUGGUGGCUCUGAAGACGGCACCCCAUCGGAGAAAGAACUCUCGCUGAAGCUUCGCCGGGAGCGACUGGAAGAAGUUCGCCUCCUUGUGACCAGAGCCUAUCUCAACAUGAGAACCGCAGCGGCGAACCGACAAGCUUCUCCGAGAUACAUCACCGCUAUCGCGCGAAACUUCUCCGUAGGAAGUCCUCGUGAUAGCAAAAGUUGAAAAGUCCCCUCGCUAGUGGCAUGAGCAGUACUUACAUUCUCCUUAGAUGUUAUCUUCUGACAUGAAGUAUCCAACACACUGUCGACGCCUUGACUGUUUGACCAAUGCAACAAAUCUCGCGUGCCUGUUUCCUCGUGCAAGCCUUUCAAGUGAUGUCGACGCCUUAAGAUGUUCUCUUCCAUCCUCCAGUGACAAAAACUCUUGUUUUGUCGUGCUCCUUCGAGAAUUAGCUGUGUGCCGCGUUGAUGUCACGUGGGUAUUUUUGUGCGAACUAGCAUUUCAUUUUUUGACGCUCGAGGGCAUGAUACAGGUACGUCAUGCUUCCACGAGGGCAGAAUAUCUUUCCUGUUCUACCUAAAAUACUUGAACUUAAUCAAUGGUCUCUUAAAUAUCACAAUGUUUCGAAAUUUUAUUGUGCUUAAGCGUCACACUAAUGUGUGAUGUCGAAUAAACAGAGCAUUGUUUUGACUAUCUUUUAAGGCACUGUGCUCCUCUCGUGCUUCGAACCUGUAUUUUAAUGUUUAUUUAUCUAAUGUGAGA